AUGCAUGUUCCUGACAGGGUUGAAGCGCCUUUCCAUCGUCGCUGCGCUUCAUCCAACUCAGCCGUAGUUUCUAAUUCAGCAGUAUCAGCGCAAAGUCUGGCCGCGGAGCUGUCCGAAGUAAAAAAGCUAACCCUCUCCGCCGAAAUUGGACAGCAGCUACUACUUGCUAAUAAUGUUCUACAGGCAUCAUAUGAAGACCUUUUGCUUGAACAGCAACAACAAGGACACGCAUCCACGACAACUGCUUAUACUAGCCCGAGAAUCCUUAAUCUCCGACCACAUUCUAAAACCCCAGUAAAGCCAGCCCAGACUCAAGAGUCUGAUUUUCAUACAACAUCAGAUGAACCCUUUCAAGAUCAACCAUUACCAUCAUGGACACCUAGACGCUUAUCCAAAUCAGUUCAAGAUCCAGACACGUAUGUGCUGCAGCUCGAGAAAACCAAUAUGGAUAUUCAAAAUGAGUUGACCGCAGCAGAUAUAAAGUACAAAGCGCUCAAUGCAUCAUAUCAAAAACAGAUACAGCAUUUGGAGAGCACAAUUGCCGUGCUUCAAGAUGAAUUCACAUCUGUGCAAGAAAAAUACAAUGUAAUCCAGCUUGACAGAAAAAAAUCGAUACAGGUCAAAAGGGAAGCUCAACGCAAUAAGAUGUCAACUGUCGGUAUGGACAAUGAUAUCAUGGAAUCCCUCGUGACUGAAAAAGAAGUGUUGCAGGCUAAGCUGUCCAAAAAGCUUGCACAGUUGAGCCUGACGGAAUCUAGAUUGACUAGUGCUUUAGCUGAAAACGAGUGUCUUCGGACUGAUUUACUACAACUAAUUGAUACAAAUGCCGAAAACAUUCACUUGCGAAAUAUUAAUAAUCAACAAGAAUCCCAAACAGCUCAUUUACAGUUGCAGCUAGAAUCUUAUCAACUUGAAAUUACUCGUCUGCAUGAACUGGUUCAACUACGCGAUGCCUAUAAUUCAUUGGAAGUAGAGCAGUCAAAAAACUCUUUUGGACUGACACAUAUGCUACAAAAGAGCAAGUCAUCGCUAUCGCUUAAACUAGAAGGACAAUCUACUCUUGUUGAUGCUGAACAGACGCAUGACUCUGAUGCUAUAUGUAGCUUUGACCAAAAUACUACAAUUACGGAUCCAACUGUAGUUGCUGACCAUCAAUUCAAAAACGAAUCGCUUAACACCGCUUGUUCAUCUUCUAGGUUGUGUAAAUCUCCUUCGCUCGAUACCCUUUCCGAGGAUCAAAACGACACUUUGGUAGCGUUGACUGACAAUCCUGCUGAAACUGAUUCAGAUCUAUUUUAUACAAAAUGCAAAACCAUUGCAACAGAGUCUGAGGCAGAAUCAGAUGAUGCGUACUACACUCCUGCUCGUACUACCUCACCAACCCAUGCUUUGUCCAAGAAUGAACCCGAGCUUUAUAAUGCAAGCCCAACCGCACCAAAAGCAACUUCGUUGGCCGACAGUCUUUUACUUCUUCAGCCACCUCGUCACUAUCACCCGCAUUCUUUUCAUGCACCAUACCCGACAUUAUAUCCUCAUAGUCAACUGUAUCGUAGUUUUCACUUGAGGCAGGCUAGUGGGAAUAUCAAGCAGCAAAAUGCUGGCGAUCCAUUGCAUCGUAUUCAUCAAAUUGUCAGUACAGCCUCGUUGGAGAUUGGUCUGGCUUCAAUAGACUCUGGAUAUCUUGAGAGUUCAGGGUACAAUAGUAAUCACUCAACGGACUCGCACAAUGCUAUGAGUGGGAGUGACAUGCUUGGAGAGCUUCUUCAUUCAUGUCUGCAUUUGGUCAAGCGUGUUUUAGGUCUUCCGAUUCCAUCUGGCAAUGCUGAUUAUGUUGCACGUAAACAACGAUCUAUAGAUAGACUAAACCGGAUGCCUACAGAUCCAUUCCAACAACAAAAUGAUGGAGUUGGGUUGGUCAGGCGACUGUUUAUUGGCAUGGUAUUACAAAUCCAAACUGGUAGUUACACAUGUAGCCCAUUAUGUCUUAUACUUGUCCAACAGGUCAUCAACUAA